UUUCCGGAAGGACGGGCUCGGCGUCCGCGGCUAGGCCGGUGUUCCAGGCCCAGACCCAAGCCAGGCCCGUGUUCCAGGCCCUCGUCCCAACACAGUCGCCGAGGCGGCGCUCUUGGUGACCUCGGAGGGCGCAGCGGGCCGCUCGCUGAGGUGGCCGGCCUCGCCGCCUCGCGAGUCGCAGUACGUGGCGGCGCCUCGCCCUCGGCCCGGAGCGGAACUGCUGGAGGAGCGGCAGCGCAGGCCUGACCAGGUGAACCGGGUCCCUUAACCGCCUUCUGGUGAAUCAUCUGCAUAAUAAUCAGAUUUGAGGUCCGCAGCCCUCUGUGGUCCUGUUGUGGAACAGUUUUCGGUGGAUGACCGACCGGUGUGUGGUGAGGGGCGCCAGAGGGACUGCUUGCCCCUGAAAAGGAAAGCGAGCUCUCCCGCUUUUCGGGCUGCCUCGUUUCCUUGAAAGCUUUCGGGUUCUCACUGCGGGCUCGGGCACCGAUCUGUGUGCCCGAGGAAGGCUUUCCCAUGAAAGUGUCUCUUGGUAACGGUGAAAUGGGCGUCUCCGCCCAUCUGCAGCCUUGCAAGGCAGGAACCACACGGUUUUUUACCAGCAAUACUCACAGUUCGGUGGUAUUGCAAGGCUUCGAUCAGCUUAGAAUAGAAGGCUUGCUUUGUGAUGUGACCCUGAUACCCGGUGAUGGAGAUGAAAUCUUCCCCGUUCACAGAGCUAUGAUGGCGUCUGCCAGUGAUUAUUUCAAGGCGAUGUUCACAGGUGGAAUGAAAGAACAGGAUUUAAUGUGUAUUAAGCUUCACGGGGUGAACAAGGUUGGUCUGAAGAAAAUAAUUGAUUUUAUUUAUACUGCAAAACUUUCCCUUAAUAUGGACAAUCUCCAGGACACACUCGAAGCUGCCAGCUUUUUACAAAUUUUACCUGUUUUGGACUUCUGUAAAGUAUUUCUUAUUUCAGGAGUCUCUUUAGAUAACUGUGUUGAAGUUGGACGAAUUGCUAACACCUACAAUCUUAUCGAAGUGGAUAAAUAUGUCAAUAAUUUCAUCCUGAAGAAUUUUCCUGCUUUACUGAGUACUGGGGAGUUUCUGAAGCUCCCUUUUGAACGGCUUGCCUUUGUGCUUUCUAGUAAUAGUCUUAAGCACUGUUCUGAACUUGAGCUCUUCAAGGCUGCCUGUCGCUGGCUAAGGUUGGAAGACCCUCGGAUGGAUUAUGCUGCAAAAUUAAUGAAGAAUAUUCGAUUUCCAUUGAUGUCACCCCAGGAUCUCAUCAAUUACGUGCAGACAGUAGAUUUCAUGAGAACAGACAAUACCUGUGUGAAUUUGCUUUUAGAAGCUAGCAAUUACCAAAUGAUGCCGUAUAUGCAGCCAGUGAUGCAGUCAGAUAGAACUGCCAUUCGAUCUGACUCGACACACCUGGUCACAUUAGGAGGAGUUUUGAGACAGCAGCUGGUUGUCAGUAAAGAAUUACGGAUGUAUGAUGAAAGGGCACAAGAAUGGAGAUCUCUAGCCCCCAUGGAUGCUCCUCGAUACCAGCAUGGUAUUGCUGUCAUUGGAAACUUUCUUUAUGUAGUUGGUGGUCAAAGCAAUUAUGAUACGAAAGGAAAAACUGCUGUUGAUACAGUUUUCAGGUUUGAUCCUCGGUAUAAUAAGUGGAUGCAGGUUGCAUCACUAAAUGAAAAGCGCACAUUCUUCCACCUGAGUGCCCUCAAAGGACAUUUAUAUGCUGUUGGUGGGCGAAGUGCAGCUGGUGAACUGGCCACAGUAGAAUGUUACAACCCAAGGAUGAAUGAGUGGAGCUAUGUUGCAAAAAUGAGUGAACCCCACUAUGGCCAUGCUGGAACAGUGUAUGGGGGCCUAAUGUAUAUUUCAGGAGGAAUUACUCAUGACACCUUCCAGAAUGAGCUCAUGUGUUUUGACCCAGAUACAGACAAAUGGACACAGAAGGCUCCAAUGACAACAGUCAGAGGUCUGCACUGCAUGUGUACAGUUGGAGACAAGCUCUAUGUCAUUGGUGGCAAUCACUUCAGAGGAACAAGUGAUUAUGAUGAUGUUCUAAGCUGUGAAUACUAUUCGCCAACCCUUGACCAGUGGACACCAAUUGCUGCUAUGUUAAGAGGUCAAAGUGAUGUUGGAGUUGCCGUCUUUGAAAAUAAAAUCUAUGUUGUAGGUGGAUAUUCUUGGAAUAAUCGUUGUAUGGUAGAAAUUGUCCAGAAAUAUGACCCAGAAAAGGAUGAGUGGCAUAAAGUUUUUGACCUUCCAGAAUCACUUGGUGGCAUUCGGGCUUGUACUCUCACAGUUUUUCCACCUGAGGAAAACCCUGGAUCACCUUCUAGAGAAUCACCUCUUUCAGCACCUUCGGAUCAUUCUUAGGACUAAAAUGUAGUACCUUUGCAGUGCAUCAUGGAUGAUCUCACACUUCCCCUUCAGUUGUAUCUUAUAAUGAUUGGUACAGUUAUUAGAUAAAAUGGUAAUUGAUGUUAUUUGUCUUGUUAGGUUCUGUGUUUAUCAUAUGGUUAACAAAUGCAUUCUGAAAAUGUAUUCGACAUAGCCAGCUGUUUUAACAAAUGUAAAAAGAUAUGUAGAAAAAUGUUUGAGAUGUGUUUGUGCUGCUGUGUUAAGUCAAAUUGUAGGUGAUUGUAGUAAAUGUAUAAUUAUGUUCAUUAUG